GGUUUACAAUCUCUAGGUAGUAAUGUUAAACUACGUGAUGUUUGUCUAUCAGAGUGUGUCAGUAUCACAGAUCUAGGACUACAGAAAUUUGCUCAACAAUGUAAAGAAAUACAGAGACUGGAUAUCUCACAUUGUACGCAUAUAACAGACAGUGCUAUAAAGAACCUGGCGUUCUGUUGUAGAAUGUUAUCGUUUUUAAACCUAUCUGGAUGUAAACUAGUAACUGAUAUGAGUAUACAGUAUUUAUCAGGUGUCUGUACAUAUUUAUUAGAACUGGACAUCAGUGGCUGUAUCUUAGUCAG